AGAUGACGUAGUCGCAGCGCUAUGGCGGCGCCCGCGGUGGGCGGAUGGAGGACCGUGCCCAAGCGCCGGGGGAGGCGCCCGAGGCCGGGGCGGGCAGCCGCGGACGCCGAAGCCCCGGAGGGGAGCCGGGAUGGCAGCGCGGUGCGGAGGCGCGUCUGCGAGGCCCGGGACGACCUGCAAAUCUCCGAUUUCUGGCACUUGACAGAGGGAAUCAUCCAGAAGUGUUUUACUGAACCUCUGGAACAACUACAGGUUGCUACUGAGCCCAUUUCAGAAGUCCUUGAACACCUCCAUCUCGAACCAUCACAGCCAGUUGAGGCAUCCAAUUCCAACUUGAGGGGAGACUCCUUGAAAAGGGCAAGGUGCUUUAAGUGUGUUUGCUAUGGAAUUGGGAAGUUUGCUUCAUGUGUCAUAGCCCGCAAUCAACUAGCAUUUUUGCUUCUCCUUUUGGAAAAGUUACAGAUUCCCAGAAAUCAUUGCUACAUAUUUGAUCCUCUUUUUAAUGAACUUGAAAUUUCAGUUCUCAACACGCUUGGCCUGACUGUCCUCAAGGAGAAUGAGGAAGGAAAACGGAAUAUUUGUGGUGAACCCACCAUUUUUUACAUGAUCCACUGCGGAACAGCCUUGUAUAACAAUCUGUUAUGGAGUAACUGGUCAGUCGAUUCCCUUUCCAAGAUGAUGAUCAUUGGAAAUAGUUUCAGAAGAAUUGAAGGAAAGUUACUAACAAGGAUUCUGCAGAAAAAGUACCCCUAUGUAGCAAAUAUUUUAAAAGGAACAGAGGAAAUUGAAUUUCCUCAGACUUUGCAAUAUAUGGACGUAUUUAACGAUACUGCCAUCCAUCGGUUUCCUUUACGAAAGCUGAAAGAGCUCCCCGAUGAAAUCUGGGCCUUCCAAGAAGAGCCUGACUAUUCAGAAAGUGAGGAGUUAGAAAUCAUCAGAAACCAGAGAAAGCUAAUUCAGCCCUUGCUUGGAUGACUUUAAUUAACUGUUACUGCCUAGUGAACAGAAGCAAAGAGCCAGGAGUCAAGUGUGGCCUCAGACGCACAUUACGGACACUGAUCAGCAGUAUCUAUGAGCUGUAGAGACCACACACUGCCCCGAGGCUGAAUGGGGCGGACUACAGCAGAAAGCUAAAAAACAGCCGCCCCCUUGGGUGACAUCUAAGAAUUGCUUGUUUCUCUUACCCAGAUGGACCCGGGCUGGGAGGAUUUAGGAAGAGGAACCAUGUGACAUGCCAAGUCUUCCCAUUUGGGAAGGUGUACUUGAUAUUUUAUAAACUGUUCUUGAGAAUAAAUGCUUUGCAUUUCCUUUAA